AGUACUGAGAUGUGAUUGCUGAAGUUACUAUUAGAUAUUCAAUUAUUAUUUGUUAUAAAAGUAUGCACAAUGAGAUCCAUCUGCAUAGUUUUAACAAAGGUAAACUAUGAAGUGCAGCGAGCAAUAAAAUAAAAAAAUUUAAAAGUAAAUAAUUGAAAGCCAUGAAACACCAUUUACAGCAGAUGACUAGAAAAAGGCAGUACAACUCAGGCAAUUGGAACAAUAGCUAAGACACAGUUGUGACCUGCUAUGAGACAUAUGAACUGAUAAGGGAUUCAUCUAAACUCUGACCAUUAUAAUUUUUGGAGGGGGGUGUUCGUAAAAUAUUUCAUGGAAUCAAGUCUCCAUUCACAGAUCAGUAUGUCAUAUCAGACAGGGAAGAGCUGCCUUGUCUAGACAUUGGGAUGCACUGGGCCUUUAAGAACACAGCCCUGGGAAGCAAUUCCCUGGGAUGGAGGGAAAAAAAAACAUUUGGUUCCCCACCACCACCCCAUUUUUGCAAUCACUACAAAUAGUUCACCCCAUAUGGGGGAACUUUCCUCUUCUCUGCCCCUCCCUAUCCUCCUUUGCCACACUGUCUGGCCAUGCCUGUACCCGAUUUUGAACUGUGGCUCUUACCCUCUGUCAUUUACUUUGCUACUUGGCCCCUCUUCUUCCCCUGUCUCCAGCUGUUUGACCCUCCCGUGAAGUCCCUCCCCUCUGAUUUGCCUCCUUUCCUCCUUUAACUCCUGUGAACAGCAGGGAGCAGAUUGUAACCCCCUGAAAGGGCAGAGCCAGGCAGCGCUUUCAGCAGAUGUUACUGAGCAGGCGCAGUUGGGAUGAUCCUGCUGAAUAAUAGGCAAAUUGUGUCCAAAAGUAGAUUAGAAUGUUACGCUAGUCUCUCCUUCUUAAAGCUUGCUCUGCACCCAACUCAGGUAGGGACUUUCCCCGGUGGCUACAGUUAGGGCAGCCCCGGUGCUGGGGAAUGGCAGGAAAGUGACUCUGCACAAAGGGCCUUUUCAGGGGCCUGCAGCUGGUGAGUUUGUACUAGAGGGUGACGGGCUCCCCAGGUGUCUUUGAGCAGGUGUGUCUACUAGGGAGAAAAUGCCCACCUAAGUUGGACAGUAACCAGUACUCUCCAGGCAGGAAGAGAGAGAGAGAAGACAGAACAGUAGAGUGGAGAGAUUGAAAGGGGAAGAGAGAGCAAUAAAUGGGAACGAGGUUUCCACACCCCAACUGUGCCAAGCUCCAUUCACUGUAGCACCCCGGGAAGAUUGACUUUCCUAGAUAAAUUCAUAGAGGAUAGGUCCAUCAGUGGCUAUUAGCCAGGAUGGGCAGGGAUGGUGUCCAUAGCCUGUUUGCCAGAAGCUGGGAAUGGGCAACAGGGGAUGGAUCACUGGAUGAUUACCUGUUCUGUUCGUUCCCUCUGGGGUACCUGGCACUGGCCACUGUCUGAAGACAGGAUACUGGCCUAGAUGGACUUUCGGUCUGACCCAGUGUGGGCAUUCCUAUGUUCUUAUAAAGAAGGUGAAGAGCAGAAAGAGGAAAAGCCAGUUCCUGCCUCUGCCUAAUCCCCAUGCUGCUGGGGGAAUGUGCUGACCUUGGGACAAUAUCAGGAGGACCCCCCAAAGCAGCUCCAUUGAUUCUGCUCUUUUCUAGCAUUUGGCUCAGACUCUGUUACUGGGAUGCUUUAAAAGUGUUUCAAGGAUUUUGUUCCAGUGGGAGGAACCAGGUUUACAUUGUAAUAAAGUGACUGAGCAUUUUCACAGUCUCUCUCUGAAGGGAAAGAGCCUGGGGGAAUUGGGGUGUGAAAUAGACUGAAACUCCUUCUGAAACCUCCCCAGUCGUCUUCUCACCCUGACAGGCUGCAGAAUAACAACCACGUUUUGCCCCAGAUUAUCCCAUGUUCCUGAGGGACAGGGAAGGGAAAUGGCUGUGUUGGAUCCAGCUCAGUGGGAUUGUGGCUGGGGCAGCAGGCACUGAGUGGGGAGCACCUGUUGUUUCAGAUGUCGGUGACCUUCGAGGAUGUGGCUGUGUACUUCACGGAGGGGCAGGGGGCUCUGCUGGACCCCAGUCAGAGAGCCCUCUACAGGGACAUCAUGCAGGAGAAUUAUGAGAUGGUGACCUCAAUGGCAGGACUCCCCAUUCCCAAACCUGACCUGAUUGCCCGGCUGGAAAGAGGGGAAGAGCCAUGGGUCCCAGAUCUCCAGGCUUCUGAGGAAAGGAAGAUCCCAAGAGGCACCCACACAGCAGGUGAUAGGACUAUGAGUGAGAACAGGGAGGAGAAUCCACAACAGAAAAGUAAAGCACUGCUGAAACCACAGGGGAUGCUUUUGAGAAGAGCUAAAGGGAAUUCUUCUCAAUGCUUGGAAAAUGUCAAAACCUGGGGAAAUCAACAUAAAUCAAAGAGGAAGCUGGGAAACCACCUAAGGAAGAAAGUAGAUGAAUCCAUUCAGUAUGGGGUAGGAUGUAACGAUUUCAAGGAAACCAUAGCCCAGCCAAAAACCCACGUGGAAGAGAGAACCUACAAGUGCUUAGACUGUGGGAAAAGUUUCAGUCGGAACUAUUCCCUUCUCCUACAUCAGAGAAUCCAUUCAGGAGAGAAACCCUAUAAAUGCUUGCAUUGUGGGAAAAGUUUCAGUCGGAACUAUACCCUUAUUCUACAUCAGAGAACCAGUAUGGGAGAAAGAAUUCCUAAUCACAUUGAUGGUGGGAAAUGUGUCAAUCAGAAUUCAAACCUUAUUACUCAUCAGAAAAUCCACACAGAGGAGAGACCCCAUAAGUGCUUUGAGUGUGGAAAAUGUUUCACUGAGAAGUCAACCCUUGUUAAACAUCAAAGACUCCACACAGGAGAGAGAGCUCAUAAAUGCUUGCACUGUGGGAAAAGUUUCAGUCGGAACUAUACCCUUAUUAUACAUCAGAGAAUCCAUACGGGAGAAAAACCCCAUAAAUGCUUGCACUGUGGGAAAAGUUUCAGGCGGAACUACACCCUUAUUCUACAUCAGAGAAUCCAUACGGGAGAGAAACCCUAUAAAUGCUUGCACUGUGGGAAAAAUUACAAGCAGAAAUCAAGCCUUUUUUCACAUCAGAAAAUCCACACAGGAGAAAAACCCCAUAAAUGUUUGGACUGUGGGAAAAGCUUCAUUCACAGCUCACAGCUUAUUAGACAUGAGAGACUACACACGGGAGAGAGACCUUAUAAAUGCCUUGAAUGUGGGAAAACCUUCAGUCGGAACCAUACCCUUAUUCUACAUCAAAGAAUCCAUACAAGAGAGAGACCCCAUAAGUGCCUCUACUGUGGGAAGUGUUUCAGUCGGAAUUCAAACCUUGUUACUCAUCAAAGAAUCCACACGGGCGAGAGACCCCAUAAAUGCGUUGUGUGUGGGAAAUGUUUCAAAGACAAGUCAAACCUUAUUACACAUCAGAGAAUCCAUACUGGGGGGAGACCCCAUGCAUGCUUGGACUGUGGGAAAAGCUACAGUCGGCGGUCACACCUUACUAAACAUCAGAGAAUCCACACAGGAGCGUGCCCCCAUAAAUGCUUGAGCUGUGGGAAAACUUUCAAUCAGACCUCAAACCUUGUAACACAUCAGAGAAUCCAUAUGGGAGAGAAACCCUAUAAAUGCUUGGACUGCGGGAAAGGCUUUGGUCAGAGCUCACACCUCACUAUGCAUCAGAGAAUUCAUACAGGGUAUAAACCCUAUAAAUGUUCCGACUGUGAGAAAACCUUCAUUCAGAGAUCACAUCUUCUUAGACAUCAGAAAGUCCACAUGGGAAAGAGACAUCAUAAAUGCCCAGACUGUGGAAAAAGGGUUAGGAAGAACUCACACCUUAUCAUGCACCAGAGAAUCCAUGUGGGAGAGACGUCUUGAAUGUGGGUGAUGUUUCAGUUGGGCACAUAUCAUAUCAGGCAUCAGCAAAUCUACACAGGGAAGAGUUCUUUUAAAUGUCCUUAGCAUGGCGAAUGCUGCAAUUAGGAAGCUAAAGCCAUAUUGGACCUCAGAGACGCCUCCAUACAGGACAGAAAUGCUGUUUGUGCUCUGACUAGGGCUGGUCACGGUAGUAUAUACAUCUCCGUUUCCUAAUUCCCAUACACAGCAGUGGCAUUUGGCUCCCAAGUACCUAGCUGCCCAUCUCUGGGGGGAGGUUCCAGCAGCAGCUGACCCUGAGGUGAUCAGGGACCCUCUGGCUUUGCCUGCUCUAAGCAAACCCCAGGCGGAGGAGGAGAAGUCCUGAUUAGCCCCUCCGCCCUGCUGCAGCCUUCGGUACUGAACUGAUGGGCCUUCUUGCCUCUUGCUAAUCUGCUGGGGGAAGGGAGAGAGAAACUCCUCCAGAAGCUCCCGCUGGGGUUUUUCCCCCCUCCUCCCUUCCCAUCCAAGAUGGGGUUCCCUUUCCACUGAUAUUAGAGAAGUAUACUUAGGCCAGGCCCCACCUUCACUCCACACACUUGUCCCCAUCCUGCAUCUUCCACCAGUUCCUGGGCUUGGCUCAGCUUCCACACUUAUCUGGAACUGUUUCCUGCAGGAUAAGUGUCCCAGGGUGCUGGGGAUCAGAUGUCAAGUGAUCAGGAGGGGGUUUUGCUAGGAGUCUGGGGGAUUUAAUAUUUUGGGCUGGUGGAGAAGAGAAUCAAAUGGACCUCAGUGCUCAGAUGAUCAAGAUAUUGGUCAUCAUGGAAUGAGAAGAGAGGGAGAGUUCAGGGUCAGGGAGGUUCUACCCUCUAUCAUUCACCUCCUCUGCCCCUUUUCCCUGCCGCCUUUACAUUCAGAAGGCAACACUGAGAGGGACUAAUUUCCACAGGGCCUUUUUUGGGAGGCCUAGAAAUUCAACCUCACCAGGAGGCUAAGUUUUUCUAGCCUAAGAAAGUGGUCAGGAGUAGCAACCAGAAUGAUCAUGGCUUGUUUUGUAAAGGACUUGGAGGUCUACUGAUGAAAAGUUCUAUCCAAGCACUACAUAUAAUUUUUUAUUUAUUUUGGGCCAAGCAAAAUGAGACCCGACACUCAACUCCAUGGCUUUUUUUGCACGUAAUGCAAUGACUUUGAAUGCUGCAACUGAUCAAUUCAGCCAUUUCAAACACCUGUGCAAUGCAUGGGGAAAGAUAGGCACCUGAGGAUAGGAGCCACAAAAGUCAGUACCCUAGGUGGGAAGUCACCUAAGCUGGCCAGUGGGACACGCCAAUGAGAGAGUUCUAUCCUAAAUCAGUCCCUCUGACAGUUAUGUACCAAAGUCUGGGCUGCUGGGAAUUGCCAAUUUCUGCUUGGGAUGGAGGCUGGGAACCCUGUUCCUGGACUCAGGCAACUUAUGCUGCAAGCAAUUGGUUUAUCACCAGAACCCUCACCCAAGCAGGCGAGGGUGGAGAGGUCAGAGCAAUCGCUGGAGUCAUGCAGUCCUGGCGGCAGGACGGGAAUUGCACUCACUGCAGUAACUCUUUGUUGUUGUGGGUGGAAUCCACAUUCCUUGCAAGAUCUCAGAGCCCAGGCUGUAGAUGGGAGAGGUUAGUAUCUUCCCAAGGGACCCUCCCACUUCGAAGACCGCAGCCUGCCCAGGACAUCGGUCAAGAUUCCUUCCCCACUCUGAACUCUAGGGUACAGAUGUAGAGACCUGCAUGAAAGACUCCCGAAGCUUAUUCUUACCAGCUUAAAUUAAAAACUUCCUCAAAAUACAAACUUUGCUUUGUCCUUGAACCCUAUGAUGCCACCACCAAACGUGUUAAACAAAGAACAGGGAAAGAGCCCACUUGGAGACGUCUUCCCCCCCAAGCCCUACACCCCCUUUCCUGGGGAAGGCUUGAUAAAAAUCCUCACCAAUUUGCAUAGGUGAACAUAGACCCAAACCCUUGGAUCUUAAGAACAAUGAAAAAGCAAUCAGGUUCUUAAAAUAAGUUGUGCUGAAUGGAAUGUAUAUUCCUGUUUUUUUUGUAACUUAAGGUUUUGCCUAGAGGGAUUCUCUAUGUUUUGAAUCUGAUUACCCUGUAAGGUAUUUACCAUCCUGAUUUUACAGAGGUGAUUCUUUUACUUUUUCUUCUAUUAAAAUUCUUCUUUUAUCAGCCA